GUUGUGGGGAGCUCAGACACCGUGUCUGGAGUCAGAACGCCGAGCCGGGCCGCCCCUGGCUGCGGCCUCGUGUCCUGCGGCUCCGGCGUGGGGAAAGCCGGGAGCUCGCCUUCCCUCGGCGCUGGCUCCCGCGGGAUGGAGGGCGCGGGUCGAGGCCACGCGGGGAGAGGGGCUCGGCUCUGUGUGGUGCCCCACAACCAAGGCCGGGUCUCUUUUCUCUUGCAGUUCCUGACGGAGCUUACCAGGCUGUUCCAGAAGUGCAGAACUUCCGGGAGUGUUUUCAUAACGCUGAAGAAAUAUGAUGGCCGAACAAAACCAGUCCCACGCAAAGGCCAUGUAGAAAGUUUUGAACCAGCAGACAAUAAGUGUCUUCUAAGGGCAACUGAUGGAAAGAAGAAAAUUAGCACAGUGGUGAGCUCAAAGGAAGUAAAUAAAUUCCAGAUGGCAUACUCAAAUCUGCUGAGGGCUAACAUGGAUGGCUUGAAGAAAAAAGACAAGAAAAGCAAAACCAAGAAAAGUAAAGCAACACAGUGACAGAACAGUGUCUUACCAUCACCAUAACAGACUUGACCCGCACUCAAAGCAAAGUCCAUUUCUUUUUGAGUUACCACUUGUCUUUGGCUUUCCUUCCAGCAGGAUGCUGGGAUAUGAUCAGUACUUUUGUUUAAACUGACAGCAGAGGUGCUUUCUUUGGAUUGUUGUAUGGCAGGAGUAUGUACAGUGUUUUACUAAAAUAGCUUUAGAAGUUUUGUACUUAUACUGCUGCUGUUUGUGAAAUCUGUUUGGGGGGGUAACACAGGGUGAAGAGAAAUGCACCAUACCAGAAGGAAAGUAAGACUGGAGGAGGAGUCCCAGUGACAGAUGCCCAGUUUCAUACCUGAGCCUCAGUAAUAACAGGGAGAGCAGGUGCCAACAUAUUAUCAGGAACAGCUGCUUUCCUGUUUGUGUGUCUUAAUCUGAGGGGCAAGUCUACAUCAUGCCGUGUGGAUAUCCUUAAGGCAGCCGGCACAAUGCUGGAGCUCUUGUAGAGCCAGGCAGCUGUGCCUUUACUCCAUGCUGAUCAAGCUGUGCUGUCCCUGGGUGGGAGGAGGGUAGGACUUUGCAUCAUAUUCCCUUCAGACAUGGCCUAAAAAUGCUCAUGUCAUCUAAACUGUUAUUUUUUUUAAACUUCAUCCUUCAAUAUAUUUGGGGAUCUGAAUUUUCCUUCCUUCAUAUGAGCAGAUGUAAAAAUACUUAAUUGUUCCUAUUAAACAUAAUGAAAAAUGGAUUUGGUUGUAA